AUGGACGGUAAUUGUGUCUCGCUGAAUGAAACGUUAAGCAAUCCAGCACUAGACACGUGCUAUGCAGUUGAUAACAACGAUAAGUCUCUAUCACUGUCCACUAUUGAAAACAAAGCCUUGAGCAUGAUCAGCGUCGACACUAAACCAUCGUUGUGCGUGAAAUCAGACUAUCAUCUGAUAUGGUGUGAUAAUAUGAAAGAGACGCUGAUCAGAGAGUUUUGUCAAUCCGAGUGUUUAUGGAAUCCAAAAGAUAAGAACUAUCGUUGCCAUCGAUGGAAGAAAGUCAUAAUGUCACAAAUCGCGAGGAAAAUGAGUAUCAUCUAUGCUGUCCGAGUCACUGAGAAUGAAUUACUGCGGCAGUGGAAUAUGCUUCGUGACCAGUUUCGACGUGCCAAACGAACGGGCAAAGAUCAGUGGCGAUUUUACGAUCAUUUACUGUUUUUGGAUAGUGUCGAUUUCAAUAAGGAUUCCACCUAUUGGACAGAGUGA